GAAUGUGCUGUGAUCAACGCGAUCGAGUGUCUGAUCUCUUACCUGUAUAAUUGUGGAAUGAAGCCGUUGUCGGAGGCACAUCUGAUAACAAACUAUAUACACCCGUUCAUGCAUGGUCUCUUGUCCGCCAAACAACCGACGAGAGUCGCCCAUUGUUCAAACAUUGUUCCAGAGGAGCACGGCGACGCCAUCGAACGCCCGGAUUACAAAAUCAAUGUUUAU